AUGUUGGUCAUUUUGUAUUUAAGAAUUCGGAUAUAUAUUUUUUCUUUCAGGUUAUUCUUCUGGGGGAAAAUGGAAGUUUAUUUGAACUCCUUCUUGGAUUUUCCUUUUAUAUUGUUCUAUCUUUGGAUUGGAAUGACAUUUUCAUUGAAUCUUGAAGACCCCAAUGUUUGCAGCCAUUGGGAAAGUUAUUCAGUGACAGUACAAGAAUCAUAUCCACAUCCCUUUGACCAGAUUUACUAUACCAGCUGUACUGAUAUCCUAAACUGGUUUAAGUGUACACGACACAGAGUUAGCUAUCGUACAGCCUAUCGACAUGGAGAAAAAACUAUGUACAGACGUAAAUCCCAGUGUUGUCCUGGAUUUUAUGAAAGCAUGGAAAUAUGUAUUCCUCACUGUGCUGAUAAAUGUGUUCAUGGCCGCUGUAUUGCUCCAAACACCUGUCAGUGUGAGCCUGGCUGGGGUGGAACCAACUGCUCUAGUGCAUGUGACCGUGACCACUGGGGUCCUCACUGUAGCAGUCGCUGCCAAUGUAAAAAUGGAGCCUUGUGCAAUCCCAUCACAGGAGCCUGUCACUGUGCAUCAGGCUUCAAGGGUUGGCGCUGUGAAGAUCAUUGUGAUCAGGGCACCUAUGGGAAUGACUGCCACCAGAAGUGUCAGUGUCAGAAUGGAGCAACCUGUGAUCAUAUAACUGGAGAAUGUAGAUGUCCUCCUGGAUAUACUGGAGCUUUCUGUGAGGAUCUUUGCCCUCCUGGCAAGCAUGGGUCACAAUGUGAAGAGAGAUGCCCCUGUCAAAAUGGAGGAGUGUGUCAUCAUGUCACUGGUGAAUGUUCUUGCCCUAAUGGUUGGAUGGGCACAGUGUGUGGUCAGCCUUGCCCUGAAGGUCGCUUUGGAAAGAAUUGUUCCCAGGAGUGCCAGUGCCAUAAUGGAGGGACCUGUGACUCAGCCACAGGUCAAUGUCACUGCAGUCCAGGCUAUACUGGAGAACGGUGCCAGGAUGAGUGCCCAGUUGGGACCUUUGGAAUGCGGUGUGCUGAGAUUUGCCAGUGCAUGAAUGGUGGGAAGUGUUACCACAUUAGUGGGGCCUGCCUCUGUGAACCUGGCUAUACUGGAGAGCACUGUGAGGAAAGGCUGUGUAACGAAGGCGUCUAUGGCAUCAAAUGUGACAGAAAAUGUCCCUGUCAUUUGAAGACUACCCACAGCUGUCAUCCUGUUUCUGGAGAAUGUUCUUGUAAACCUGGCUGGUCUGGACUCUAUUGCAAUGAGACAUGUACACCUGGAUUCUAUGGGAAAUCAUGUCAACAAUUAUGCAGCUGCCAGAAUGGUGCUGACUGUGACGGCGUGACCGGGAAAUGCUUCUGUGCACCCGGAUUUAAGGAUGCUACUUGUUCCACUCCUUGUCCUCUAGGGACCUAUGGGAUAAACUGUUCUUCUCAGUGCAAUUGUAAAAAUGAAGCCACUUGCUCUCCAGUAGAUGGUUCUUGUACCUGUAAAGCAGGUUGGCACGGUGUGGAUUGCUCCAUCAACUGUCCCAGUGGCAAAUGGGGCUUUGGCUGCAACUCAACCUGCGACUGCCUAAAUGGAGGAGCUUGCAGUCCUCUGGAUGGGACCUGUACGUGUGCUCCUGGGUGGCGAGGGGAAAAAUGUGAAUUUGCUUGCCAGGAUGGAACAUAUGGGCUGAACUGCAUGGAGCGCUGUGACUGUAGUCAUGCUGAUGGCUGUCAUCCCACUACUGGUUAUUGCCACUGUCUCCCUGGAUGGUCAGGUAUCCAUUGUGACAGUGUGUGCGCUGAAGGGCACUGGGGCCCUAACUGCUCACUGCCCUGUUACUGCAAAAAUGGAGCAUCCUGCUCACCCGAUGAUGGGAUCUGUGAAUGUGCACCUGGUUUCAGAGGCACCACUUGUCAAAGGAUUUGUUUACCUGGAUUUUAUGGGCAUCGUUGUAGCCAGAAAUGUCCUAAAUGUGUGCAUAGCAGUGGACCAUGCCACCAUAUCACUGGACUGUGUGACUGCUUACCUGGCUUCACAGGAGCUCUUUGUAAUGAAGUUUGUCCCAGUGGUAGAUUUGGAAAAAAUUGUGGGGGAAUUUGCACAUGUACCAACAAUGGAACCUGUAAUCCCAUUGACAGAUCUUGCCAGUGCUACCCUGGUUGGAUCGGUAGUGACUGCUCUCAGCCCUGCCCACCAGCCCAUUGGGGUCCAAACUGCAUCCAUACAUGCAACUGCCACAAUGGGGCCUAUUGCAGUGCCUAUGAUGGAGAAUGCAAAUGUACCGCAGGCUGGACAGGUCUCUACUGCACCCAGAGAUGCCCUCUGGGGUUUUAUGGAAAAGAUUGUGCAUUAAUAUGCCAGUGUCAAAACGGAGCUGAUUGUGACCAUAUCUCAGGACAGUGCACUUGCCGCACUGGAUUCAUGGGGAAACACUGUGAACAGAAGUGUCCCUCAGGAACAUAUGGCUAUGGCUGUCGUCAAAUAUGUGACUGUCUAAACAAUUCUACUUGUGACCACAUCACAGGAACUUGUUACUGCAGUCCAGGCUGGAAGGGUACAAGAUGCGAUCAAGCUGGCAUUUUAAUAGUUGGAAACUUGAACAGUUUAAGCCGAACAAGUACUGCUAACCCUGCUCAUUCUUAUCAGAUCGCCGCUAUUGCAGGCAUCAUUAUUCUUGUCCUGGUUGUACUCUUCCUGCUGGCACUGUUCAUUAUUUAUAGACACAAACAGAAGGAGAAAGAAUCAAAUAUGCCAACAGUUACCUACACUCCUGCUAUGAGGGUCAUCACUGCAGAUUAUACUAUUUCAGAUACACUUCCUCAAAGUAAUGCUGGAAACAUUAAUAAUCAUUAUUUUACAAACCCCAGUUACCAUACACUCACUCAGUGUUCUACAUCACCUCACGUCAACAACCAAAACAGGAUGACAAUUGGAAAGUCAAAAAACAACCAGAUAUUUAUGAACAUAAAAAAUGUGGAGCCUGGAAAGCGAGGGCCUGUUGUGGACUACACGGGGACACUCCCAGUAGACUGGAAACAUGGAGGCUUCCACAAUGAGCUUGGUGCUUUUGGACUUGACAGAGAAUAUAUGAGGAAAUCCUUAAAAGAUUUAGUAAAGAAUUCUGAAUAUAAUUCAAGUAGCUGUUCACUAAACAGUUCUGAAAAUCCAUAUGCUACUAUUAAAGAUCCACCAGUAAUCAUACCCCAAAACUCAGAGAGUGGCUACGUGGAAAUGAAGUCACCAGUACACAGAGACUCUCCAUAUGCUGAGAUCAGUAGCUCAGCUUCAGCUAAUAAGAAUGUCUAUGAAGUUGAACCCACAAUGAUUAUUGUACAAGAAGUAUUAAGCAAUAAUGGACCUCUCAGCCAGGAUCCAUAUGACCUUCCAAAGAACAGCCACAUUCCAUGUCAUUAUGAUUUACUACCAACUCGAGACACUUCAUCAUCUCCUAAGAAAGAAGUCACUAGCAACAGCAGCAAUGAAUGAUAAUACUUUAUUGGACAUGGUAGAACACUUUAAAGAACUCUAUUUUAGUUGUCCUCCUUAUACUCUGUCACCUUAUUUGGAUGCUAAUCAAUGUGAUAGAUAAAUGGUAAAUAUUAAGAUUCUCAAAAUUUUAUAUUUGCUGAAGGUGCUUAACAGGUGACAGACAGACUGAGGAGAUGUUAGUGUUCUCACACAUGACUGUGGAUCUUUACAAGAAGCACACUGGCAUCCUAACACACAAUCUAAAAUCAUUCAUUUGCAGAUGAACUUCACACAGGUAUUGCAGUGAGCACAGAAAACAGUGUCUUCAACUCCCUCUUUCCCAUUGUAGAGCUAUACGCAGUAUUAUGCAGUUUUUUAAGUAAUUUAAUUCUAAAAAGCAUUUUGAAUGACUAAACACCCAGAAGAACAAACAGGCCUGCUGAAUACAGCCAUGCUGCCAAAUUUCUAUGGAGUGGUCUCACAUAUUGAAACAUUCUAUUAUUCCAGGAAAGGCAUGUAAUAACAUGAACCUGACAGUCUGCAAACAAUUACAGAUGCAAAUAAAAAGUGUACAAAAGAAGGAAAAAUCAGCUGUAGACUAGGUUGCAGAAUCUACGGCCUAAGAUGGGUUUUAAUAGCAAAGAUUACAAAGAACUGCCUAAUUGAUGCACCAAGAAGUGAUGUUUUGUACUUAGAUGUUUGUAUCUAGGAAUACUUUACUACUAUGACAUUUUCUAGUCACAAAUCCUAUGUGCAACACCACUAAUAGACAUCUAUUAACGUAGCAGCAAUUAUUUCAUAAAUAUGUAAAUGAAUCAUUUUGUUUUUUGACAAAAUGGAUUGAAUGUGUACAUGAUAUGAGGAUGUGAUAAAUGAACUUAUAAGAAGUUGUUUAAGUUUUGUAAUAGUGAUAUAGAAUAAUUAUAAAGAGUUUGGAUUAAUUCUUUUUCUUAGGAAUGAUUAUAAGAUCUCUGUUCAUAAGUGUCAAAGUUAUUGAUAGUUGAUAUAGGAUAACUAUGCUUAAGCUGGUCUUUUGCAUGGCUAAUAACUUGAUAUGUAACCAGUUUUUUUUCCACAAAUUUUUUAAUUGUAUAUUUUAAACUAUGUUUUAUGGUGACUGAAUUAUUACUGAAAAAAUAUUGUAUGUUAAUUUUUCUUAUGUUUUGGAUACAUAUCUUUUGUUUAGACUGGGAACACUUUUAUCAGAGGAGAGGGGUGUCAACUGGUAUUGAAUAGAUGCUUUUAUGGUGGCCUCUUUGGUAGUUUAGAAAGAUCUAUAAAUCUGUCAUCUGAUUUUCUAUUAUAGAUUCCCCCGGAAGAAUCCUACAACUAACAGGAGAAACAUUUUACUUAUUUCAGAAGACUAUACUAUUGUAUUAGUGAUAUAAGAGCAAUGUGCAAGUUAUUCAUAACUGCAUUGUCCAACCUUCCCUUAAUUACCCUUUUUAGGAUGUAGUAUAUUAUACAAGAAAACUAGGUUUUCUUCCUGUGUAAAGUCGUUUGAUUUUUUUAUCCAUCAAUGGUGUGUUAAUGAGAAGAACCCCCCUCGAGACAAAACAAUGUAUCACAAUUUAUGGGUUUCCAAAGUUCAUAAGAAAUAGAAUCUACAUGAUGAUUCAAUCAUUAAUCAGUAAAUACAUAUUUUGAGUUCCCAGUAUUAGUGAUCAUUGUGUUGGACAUGUAAGGAUAUAAGAAAACAUUUUUUUCUUCCUGGUGUCUCCUGCAGCUUAAAAUUCUAGGGAGAUUUGGGGUUGGGGAAAAUAAAAUAGAACUACAUACUUAUUUAAUUUUUAAAAUUAGGAUGAAUUGCCUAAGCAAAGUUUCUUUUCCAUCUACCUGCCCUACUGAUUCCAAAGAAUCAGUAGAUUUCUUGCAGGAUGAUGACAUUGUAGGAGUCCGACUUCUAUAUUGUUUGGAAGACAAUGACUUUUUUCCACAGUGACUAACUAGAAGAGUCUUAAAAGAACAAUCAGUUCUAUUUGUGGGAAAUGUCAGGAGCUGUACAUGAAGGCCAGAAAAGUUGAUUAUAUUAAAAAGAUAACUUUUAAAAAGAAAUUCUUCAAAACCCCAUUAGGGGCUCAAAAUGAUUCCCUCUUUCUUAGUCUUUGGAAAUUGAUGAAGAGAAUAUAUGUCUUUUUUCAUCACAUAGUUGAAAGUGAAAAGUGUAUGCUUAAAGAUAUCACUAUCAAGUCUGGAAAAUAGAUGUAAAUGCAAGAACUACUGGUGACCUGUAAAAUUCUGUAAUGAAUAUAAUGUGUAGGAUGACUGUUACACUGAAUAAUUAUUCAUACACUUGAAAAAAUAUAAGGUACUUUCAAGACAUUAUAACAUCAGAAUAAAUCAAACCAUUUCACAGAUGUUUCAGAACCAUUCUAUCUUCUAGGGGGAAAUGAGAUUUUUUUCUGGUCACUUUUAUAUACUUAUAUGUAGUAAGAUAGAGAAUGUCUGGUUGUUUGAAUGACAGUGAAAUUGAAUUAUAACAAGUCUCAGAUUUGAAAAUACAAUAUUUAAAGGUUUUCUUCAAUCUUUUUGAAUUUAAUGUAGCUAUGAUGUCACCAAAGUAGUCAUAUAAUAUAAAGAUAUUUUUCAUAA